AUGCAGGCAGAUGAUAUUACUUGGAGUGUCAUAAAUAAAGGACAUUGUUCCUAUAAAGUCCAACUUAGUAGACAAAAAUUAUUCUGUAAAAAUGAGUACAAUUUAACGGGUAUCUGUAAUAGAGUAUCAUGCCCAUUAGCAAAUUCUCAAUAUGCUACAGUUCGUGAAGAAGAUGGUAUCUGUUAUUUGUACAUGAAGGUAGCUGAAAGAUCCCACUUACCAAAUAAAUUAUGGGAAAAGCUUCGUCUCCCAAAUAAUAUGACACAAGCAGUUAAUAAAAUAAAUGAAGAAUUGUUGUAUUGGGAUGAAUUUGUAAGACAGAAAUGUAAAGCGCGUCUAGUUCGAAUUCAUCAAUAUUUAAUUCGAAUGAGGAAGUUAAGGUUACGUGAUAUGCAUAAAAAAAUAACACCAAUACCAAGGAAAAUUGAGAGACGUGAAAGGAGAAAUGAAGAGAAAGCUCUUAUAGCAGCUAAAUUAGAUAAUGCUAUUGAAAAAGAAUUAUUAGAAAGGUUGAAAGAAGGAACAUAUGGUGAUAUAUAUAAUUUCAAUAGAAGAGCUUUUGAAAAUGUCUUGGAACAUCCAGAUUUGCAAGAAGAAGAAGUUCAAGAAGAGAUUGAAUAUGAUGAGGAUGAUAAUGAAAUUAUGGAAAGGGAAUUUGUGGCGGAUUUUGAUGAAAGUGAUAACGAAGAUAUUGAAGAUGGUGGCUAUAGUAGAAAUCAUGAUAGUGAGGAGAGUGACGAUGAUGAUGAUGAUGAAAAUGAUGGUGCUGUUGAAGCCACCGCUUAA